GAGGUCCUUUUGUGCGGUCGAUUGGCUUUGCCGGUUAAUUCCAAUCAGCUCAUCUUCGGGGGCCACAGGCUAUACAAUUGUUCCACGAUGACAGUUUGACGUGCGGCCUGUCUGGCAUGGCAGUCGGGAACGAAAGUAUGGCAAGAGAAUAGGGGAAAUGGCAUCGAGCCUUUCCCCCCCGGAGUCCGGGACAACUGACAAGGAGUUUAUUAGGGUACCAAGGUACAUACUUUAGCUGAUCUGCAGUGUUCCAAAAGGCUUGGGGGUCCUCCCCAAUCGCCCCAUUGGAGGUGCCACGAGGCGGUCGGUUCUAAAAUCGGCAGUCACAGAUGAGUCAGCUCUCCGCCAGCUAAAUCGGCCUCCAGAACGAUAUCCCGAUCGAUCCUUCCACCAAGGACGAAAGGACCUCAUCCCCCACCAAACUCUUCCUCCCGCCCCACACGUCGAUAGCGCGCCAGCAGGUGCGUCAUCUCCCUACCGUGGGCACCAUGCCCAAGAAACUCUCCAAGGGCGGCGCCCUCCCCACCACAACCACCACCACCACCACCACCACCAGCCCAUCCAUUCUCGCCUCCGGCGCCGGAGCCCUCCCUUCCCUGCCAUCCACCCUGACCGACGACCGGCCCCUGCCACGCCUCAUCGUCUUCGACCUGGACUACACGCUCUGGCCCUUCUGGGUCGACACGCACGUCACCCCGCCCUUGCGCGCCGCACCGGGGGCGUCCACCACCACGGCGGUGGUCGACAGGGUCGGCGACGCGUAUGCCUUCUACCCGGACGCGCCGGCGAUCCUGCACGCGCUGCCCCUGGCCGGGGUGCGCCUGGGCGUGGCGAGCCGGACGCACGCGCCGGAGCUGGCGCGCGAGAUGCUCAAGCUGCUGCACGUCGUGGCCGGGGAGCCGCCCGUUGGCGGUGCCGGGGCCGGGGCCGAGAAGCGGAAGGCGCGGAGGGCGCUGGAUCUGUUUGACGGCGGGUUGGAGAUCUACCCGUCGAGCAAGGUGCGGCAUAUGGAGGCGCUGGCGAAGAGGACGGGAAUCCCGUACGGCGACAUGCUGUUCUUUGACGACGAGAGCCGGAACCGCGACGUCGAGACGCUGGGGGUCACCAUGUGGCUGGUCCGGGACGGGAUUACCUGGAAGGAUGUGGACAAGGGCAUCAAGGAGUGGAGGUCGAGGAGGGGGAUGCGGUGAGGCCUGGGCGGUGGAAGGACGGUCGGAGGAGAAGAAUGAUGCAGAGCGGAAGAGAUGGCGUGGCCCAGAUGACGAUAAUAUUAUAGACUAUGCACCUAGACGAUACCAAAGAUACCAAGAUAUUCCAGAAGUGGAAAACAGAAUAAACCGCCCGAGCUAGAAUCAUCCCCUGUUCCAUUUAUAUGCGACGAGCGUCUCAAACACGACUCAAUCCAAUGCCCAAUUGUCGGAUAGCAUCAGAC